AGUGGGCCCAGCUCUCGGGGCGGGUCUCCGAGGGUGCGGAUCCAGGCCAGCUUGGGCGGGAGAGACGCGCGCCCGUGAGGGAGGGGCGGAGGAGAGCAGAACAUCGCCCCCCGAGGCCCGCCCCCCGCGCGCGCUCCAGAACAAUGAGCGCACACAACUCAGCGGCCUCCUUCAGCUGCGGCGGAGGUGGCGGCGGCGAGAGCGGGCGCGAGGCACAGCGCGCUCCCAGAGUCGGGGACCCCGCUGCGCAGAUCUCGAACGCGGCCUCCGCCUUGUGCGCGGCCUCGUCCUCUACGCCCAUGUGGAGCAUCCAUUCAGAGGGGCGGACCGUCUCCCGUCAGUUUUCCAAACCCCUGUCGAACGCGUCCGCAGCGGACGCGGGGUGCUCCCGGAGACACAGCGCGCCCUCCCAACUCAGCCACGCUCCUGGCCUAAGAACUGACACAGACACCAAGGUUGGCCUCUGGGGCUUUGGCGCCCGCCUCCAGACCGACCGGAUCCCUACGCCUGCGACCCGCUCGACCACCUCGGACGGAGCCGCCCCAGCCGCUAACUCGGACACCAGCAACCCCCGGGCAUCUAUACAAGGAUCUGUCCCGCCCUCAGUAUCCCCCCGAUUGUCCCGACGUCGGUCCGCCCCACCCUCAGUACCCGACUCCACCCGGGUAUCAAUACCAGGAACUUCUACAACCAAGAACUCCCUCCAAGGGUCGGUACAAGAAUCCAUCUCGCCCUCGAUGCCCAGCUUCCUCAAAAUAUGGGUACCAGCACCUCCACAACCCAGUAACACUCCCCAAGUGUCACUACUUGGGUUCACCCCGCCCUCAGUAUCCGGCUUCCCUUGGGGUUCGGUACGAGGACCUCCUACACCCAGUAGCUCCCCCCAACUGUCAGUACAAGAGUCCAGCCAGGUCUCCAUGCCCGACUACCCCCGGCUAUCUGCACCAAGAUCUGCCCCGCUCUUGGACUCUUCCCGAGAAUGGGUACAAGGGUCUGCCCCGACCUCGGUUCUCAGCCCCCACCCCGAGAGGUCGGUACGAGGAUCUAUCCCACUUUCGGACUCCUCCCGAGUGUCAACACAAGAGUCCACCCAGCUCUCAGAGCUAGGUUACCCCCGAACAUCGGUGGAAGAAUCGGCUCCGCCCCCGGGGUCCCCGGGAGUACCAGUACCAGGGUCCGCUCCGCCCUCAGCACCGGGCUCCGCCCGGGUAUCGGUGGAGGAAUCGGCUCCGCCCUCGGGCGCCCCCCGAGAGUCGGUAGAAAAGUCCGCUCCGCCCUUGGCCGGCCCCACUCCUCUACCCACGACCCGGGAGAGCCUUGACCAGAGCAUGGAGAGUCAGGAGAAGGCGAAUAGAGCGGGACGCAUGUUCGACGUAGUCGUGAUAGGAGGCGGCAUCUCAGGAUUAUCUGCCGCCAAACUCUUAGCAGAACAUGAAGUUAAUGUUUUGGUUUUAGAAGCCCGGGACAGAGUUGGAGGAAGAACAUACACAGUGAGGAACCAACAUGUUGAUUACGUAGACGUUGGCGGGGCUUAUGUGGGACCAACCCAGAACAGGAUCUUACGGUUAUCUAAGGAACUGGGUUUAGAAACUUACAAAGUGAACGUAAAUGAGCGUCUUGUUCAAUAUGUCAAGGGGAGAACUUAUCCAUUUCGGGGUGCCUUCCCUCCAGUGUGGAAUCCCAUUGCCUAUCUGGAUUACAACAAUCUGUGGCGGACAAUGGAUAACAUGGGAAAGGAGAUUCCAGCUGAUGCACCGUGGGAGGCACCACAUGCAGAGGAAUGGGAUAAGAUGACCAUGAAAGAUCUCAUCGAAAAAAUCUGCUGGACAAAGACUGCUAGGCAGUUUGCAUCUCUCUUUGUGAAUAUCAAUGUGACCUCUGAACCCCACGAGGUGUCCGCCCUGUGGUUCUUGUGGUAUGUGAAGCAGUGUGGAGGCACCACUCGGAUAUUCUCCAUUACCAAUGGGGGCCAGGAACGGAAGUUUGUAGGUGGAUCUGGUCAAGUAAGCGAGCGGAUAAUGCACCUCCUCGGGGACAGAGUGAAACUGAGGUGUCCUGUCACCUAUGUUGACCAGUCAGGUGACAACAUCAUGAUAGAGACAUUGAAUCAUCAACUUUAUGAGUGCCGAUACGUAAUUAGUGCCGUCCCUCCAACUUUGACUGCCAAGAUACACUUCAGACCAGAGCUUCCUUCAGAGAGAAACCAGUUAAUUCAGCGUCUUCCAAUGGGGGCUAUCAUUAAGUGCAUGAUGUAUUACAAGGAGGCCUUUUGGAAGAAAAAGGAUUACUGUGGCUGUAUGAUCAUCGAAGACGAGGAAGCUCCGAUUUCAAUAACCCUGGAUGACACCAAGCCAGAUGGAUCGCUGCCCGCCAUCAUGGGCUUCAUCCUUGCUCGAAAAGCUGACCGCCUUGCUAAAGUCCAUAAAGAACUAAGGAAGAGGAAAAUCUGUGAGCUGUACGCCAAAGUGCUAGGAUCCCAAGAAGCUUUACAACCGGUGCACUAUGAAGAGAAGAACUGGUGUGAGGAGCAGUACUCCGGGGGCUGCUACACGGCCUACUUCCCCCCGGGUAUCAUGACUCAGUACGGAAGGGUGAUCCGCCAGCCCGUGGGCAGGAUUUACUUUGCUGGCACGGAGACGGCCACACAGUGGAGCGGUUACAUGGAAGGAGCAGUAGAGGCCGGAGAACGGGCAGCUAGAGAGGUCUUGAACGCUUUGGGGAAGGUGGCAAAGAAAGACAUAUGGGUCCAAGAACCUGAAUCAGAGGAUGUUCCAGCUGUAGAAAUCACCCACACCUUCUGGGAGAGGAACCUGCCUUCCGUGACAGGCCUGCUGAAGAUCGUCGGAUUUUCCACAUCGAUAACUGCCCUGUGGUUUGCGGCGUGCAAAUUCAGGCUGCUGACCCGAUGCUGAAGUUUCAGCUUCAUGCUUUCUGCUUACUCUUUCCCAGCAUCAUCAAAAGCAAAAUGUUGACAAAUUGAAAGGCUGUGUCAUCGGAUCAUUUUUAAGCGCACUGAUUUAACCCCUCAGUUUAAUCUCAGUGUAUCACCUCCUUAAUUUCUGUAAGAUCAAACUCCAUCUUGUGAUUUGUCUAUAGACCAGCUCGUAUUGAUUGGUAGAAGAUAACCUUGUGAUCAAUUUCUUAAUUUCAAGAAGUUAAAGUUGACAUGCUCAUAAGAAA